AUGAAAAAAAAUUCAAAUGUGAAUUCAAUAUUUUACAACACCACCACCCUACUUUUUUUUGGAAUUUCAUUUUCACCCGUCACAUACGUUCAAUACGGGCAAAAAAAAAUUGAAACAACAAAACGAGUGCAAUGCACAUUCAGUCAUUUAAAAAAAAAGUCAAAUUAAUCAAUAAUAAGCAUUCCCGUGAAUUCUGACACCAACAUAUAUAUAAUAAUAAUGCAUCAUAUAAAAAAGUCUGUAAAUAAAUCGGGCAAACAUGUCGCAAAAACAGCGCCCAAUUCUAGGAAAAAGAAUGGCACAAUAAUGAAAAAUAAAAAAUCCAAUCAGUCUAAAGUGAAAAGAAAAUCACCAUCAUCAACGAAAAAUGUUCCGAAAUCUAAAACAAAAUCGACAAAAAAAUCGAUUGCCAAAUCAAACAAAACGCACAGUGCAGAAAAGAAAAAAACUGCCAAAAAGUCAGUCACUGCAACUACUGUUUCCGUAACUAAUAAAAAUUCAAAAACACCCAAAUCAACGGCGAAAAGGAAAAUUAAAAAUGCAAAAUCCAAGUCCAUAACGAAUAAACGAUCAAUUUCAAUGAAAAAUACUAAAACUAUUUCGACAAGAAAAAAGAAAGAAAAUGUUAAGGUUACUUCAAAAACGACGAUGAAAAAAACGGUACCAAUUUCACCGAAAUCCAAUAAAAGAAAAACUUCAGCAGCAGCGGCGGUGGUGGUGGUGGUAAAAUCACCAAUUUUACCGAAACCAACAAAGUCAACAAAAUCAAAUUCCGGUAAAAACGCAACCAAACUUGUGGCAAAGAAAAAACCAAUAAAAGUAGUCAAACAAAAACAAUCGAAAACGACAAAAAAACGUCGAAAAUUAGUUGGUCAUCGCGUGGCUAGUUUGAAUGCGUUGGCAAAAGUGAAAUUAUUAUGUGAAAAUGGUCAAAAUGCAACAGUAACAAUGGCCGGGAAACAAAAAUUACAGCAUCCUUCUACAAACAUCAAAAGUGGUGAUGAUGAUGAUGAUGAUGAUAAGAAUAAAAAUGAUUUCAAUGUGAUCAAUUCAAAGUCAUCAUCAAUGAAAAAAGUGAAACGAAUCAAUACUAAAAGUGAUGCUCAACACAAAUCGAAUACUGCCUACUCAUCUACUUCAUCAUCAUCUGUUGCUAUAUCUAAAAAAGUGAUGCCUGUAAACGCCUCUUCCACAUCAUCAUUAAAAGUGAAAAAUUUAAAAAAUUCAACCAAUAAAAUGAAAGAAAAAUCUACGAUUAAACGAAAAUCUACUUCCGUUAAUAAUCGUAGUAAUAAUAAAAAUAGAGUUAAUAAAACGAAAACAAAAACAACAGUAGUGGCAAAGAAAAAAUUAAAGAAUAAUAAAAAAAAGAAAAAGAAAUCGAUAAAAUUAUCAAUCGAUCCAGAUGUAGAAAUAAUCGAUACAAGAAGAAAUAAAAGAAUGGCAAAUUUGAAUGCAUCGGCUAUGAUGGCUGCAACAUUUUCACCGGAAAAAGAACGUCGAUUAGUAUUGGCUAGUGCAAAACCAUUGUUAAAAUCAUCAACAAGUGAUCCUCAUCAUCAACCAUCAUCAUCAUCGACCACUAAUCCACAGCAAAUAUGGUCAACAACACAUCAUAGUAGUAUGGUUGAAGAACAUAUCGAAAUGACAACCGUCAAAACGACGGUAAAAUUACGACAUGAUAAUACAACCGUAGUAGAAACAACAACGACAACACAACAACGUAUCGAACAACAACAGAAUCUAUUGAAUCAAUCAUCGGAUAAAAAACGA